UAACGUCAGUUUUCUUUUGGAGUGUUUAUGUGGACUAUCUUUCUCUGUCCUUUUACUUUUAACCUUCUGUAGCUUUAUUUUAUUUUAACGUUUUGUUUUGACAAAUUUUAAACCUAAGGAAAGGUUAAAAGAAUUGGCCAAUAAGCAUCCAUAUACCUAUCACCUAGAUUUACCAAUUGCUAACAUUUUGCCACCUUUGCCUUCUCUCUCUCUACACAUUUUUUAAAAUAAACGUUUUAUUUUGGAAUACUUUUAAAUUUAUAGAAAAGUAGCAUCUAUUGUACAGAGAGUUCUUGUACACCCUUCACAGUUUCCCCUCAUGUUAACAGAUGUCUUAUAUAGCCUUGGUUCAGUUGUCAGAACUAUACAAUUAACAUUGGUAUUUUACUAUUAACUAAAUUAUAGCUAAAUUAUAGGUUUAUUUGGAUUUCACCAGUUUUUUGCACGGAUGUCACUGAUGUCAUUUUACUAUUUUACUAUUACAGGAUCCAAUCCAGGAUACCAUUUUGCAUUUAGAAUAUACUUUUAAAAAAUUCUGAACCAUUUCACAGUAAGUUGCACACACUAUGACACUUCACCUUUUAAUACUUCAGCUUGUAAUUCCUAAGAUCUAGGACAUUCUCCUGUAUAAUCACUAUACGUGUGUGUGCGUGUAUACAUAUUUUGCUCAAGAAAUUUAACAUGAUGCAGUAAUAUUAGGUAAUAAGCUUUCCUAAUAAAAAUGAAGUAAUAAAAUUUCCCCAUUAACUCAUCAAUAAUUCUUUUUUAAACUUUUAAGAUCUAAUCAGAGAUCAAGCAUUACAUUUUGUGGUUGUAUCUCUUGACUUCCUUCAAACAUAAGACAAUUUCUCAGCUUUCUUUUCUUUUUUGAUAUUUCGUGACAGUAACGUUUUUGGAGAUUCCAUGGCAAUUGUUAGUAGUUUGUCUCACAAUCUGGAUGUGUCUGUUUUCUCAUUAUUAGAUUCAGAUUUAAAAUUCUUGGCAAGACUGGCUACAUGGGUCUUGUUUCCCAUUGUAUCACAUCAGGAUUGAUAUAUUGAUAUAUUGUUGGUGUGUUCCCGUCACUGGUUAAAGUAGUAUCUUCAGAUUUCCCCAUCGGAAAGGGACUUUUUCCCUCUUAUAAUUAAUAAGGUGAUUAUUUUGAGACUAAUGUGAAUAUGCUAUUUACCUACAAAGUUUGAUGAAAUGGCAGCAUUCAUUCGUCAUCUUUCUGCCAUUUAUUAUUACACUGUUAGUUAUAAUAAGAUGAGGUCUUAAUUUUGUCAUUUCUUUUACAUUUAUUAGGUAUAGUUCUUCUGUAAAGUAGAGGUUUCCCUUUUGCUCUCAAUUUUUUUCUUUCAUCAUUGUUUUCAAAUCACUGUGGACUGAUGGAUUCUUUUUUUUUUUCCAUGCAUGCUGUAAUCUCAGUAAAUUUACUCAUUUGGUCUAUAGUGACUUCAGAAUUACUAAUCCAGUACUAUUAUUAACAACAAAUACACUAAGUAGAGUUUAGGUUUUUUGAAUAAGUAAAAUACACAGUUCAAAAGUCAAAACUUGAUCCAUUUAGAGAAUUUUUACUUUCUUGCACCAUAUUUCCUCCCCUGCUCUAUGGCUAACCAUUCUCCUUAGUUUCUGCAUUGUCUUUCCUGUAUUUCUUUUUCCAAAAAAAGCAAAUGUUUAUAUGUACUUCUAAAAAACUGAAGUAUAGUCGACAUACAAUGUUGUACUAGUUUUAGGGGUACAAUAUAGCAAUUCAGCAAGUCUGUAAGUAGCUACCAUCUGUCACUAUACAGCACUAUUACAGUCUCACUGACUAUAUUCCCUGUGCUGUACCUUUCAUCCCUGUGACUUAUUUUUUCCAUAACCGGAAGUCUGUAUUCCCCACUCCCCUUCACCCAUUUGUCCAUCCCUUCACCCCCUGCCCUCUGGCUACUAUCAGUUUGUCCUCUCUCUAUAUGUACUUUAAUUUCUCUUUUCUCAGAGAAAAAGCAUGUUAUAUAAUUAUUUUACACAUUGCUUUUUUAAGUUCACAUAGCUUGGAUAUUUUUUCACCUUAAUUCAUAGAGAUCUUCUUUCCUUCUCCUCCUCCUUUUCCUCCUGUCCCCCUUCUGUCUCUUCUUUUCUCCCCACUUUGUGUCAUACUGUUGUAAAAGUGUACCACAAUUUAUUCAACUAGUCUCCUAUGGAUGAGCAUUAAGAUUGUUUCUGAGCUUUUGCUGUUUUAUAGAUUUCGUGUAGAAUUAUAUGGUGAGCAACUUUGUGAUAUGUGGUUUUAUAUUUGUGGCGGUGUAUCUUUUUUUAAGAUUUUAUUUUUAAGUAAUCUCUACACCCGGUGUGGGGCUUGAACUCAGAAACCCGAGAUCAAGAGUCGCUUGCUCCACCGACUGAGCCAACCAGGCGCCCGUGUGGAGGUGUAUUUUAAGAGUAAAUUUCUAGCAGUAGCCUUGUAGGUCCAAGGGUAAAUAAAUACGUAAUUUUGUUAGCUUAUAAUCUGGGCAGAAAGGCAUCUUGGGCAGAAGGUGGAGCACGUAUGAAGGCUCUGAGGCGCGGACAUGCAGCUGGCGUGCUGAAGGAACUUCACAGAGGCCACAUGAAGAAACAGAGGUGAGAAGCGGCCCGCUGAAGAUCCUGUGCGUUCGUGGCAGAAGUCAACUAGAGCCCUGGCCUCCAUACUGACCGCUCAUCGCAACACACUUUCUACAUUUUUUUUUUGUAAGCAGGUUCCACGCCCAGUGUGGAACCCAUCAUAGAGCUUGAACCCAUGACUCCGAGAUCAAGACCCGAGCUGAGGAUAAGAGUUGGACGCCUAAUGGAUGGAACCACCCAGGUGCCCCGCGACACACUAAACAAAGAAUGCAUACACGCAAAGUAGGAAUGUGUUUGUCCAAGGCCGGUGUUGUCAGGGCUGUGAGGGGAGGGAGAAGCUGAAGCAGAGCAGAGUGACGAGACUUGACCGGUGAGGCGGAGCAUGAAGGAUGGUUAGGACUGGAGUAGCAUUUGAAGCAGAGCGGUCCACUUCCCCGACUCUAGAACUCGGUGCGGGUAAGGGUUUGGAAGCCAAAACAAGUGUGUGCUUGUUGAGGAGAAAAUGCCAGGAAUGGAAUAUGUAUCUGGGAGAAAUGAAGGGAAAACUGGAAGCAGGUUAAGUAAAUUGGGCCUUACAAGCAAGGUCUUGGAUUCCAGGAUGAAAUUUGAAGUUGAUUUGUCUGCAGAGUCAGUGCAGAUAUUUGAUGUGGGAAUGAGGUAGUAUGGUUUUGUGUCUUCUCUAGUUGGUGGUCAUCAAUGUGUCCAUCUCUUUUUGUUGGAGAAAUUCAUUCAUUUAGUUGUUCUAAUGACUAUUUAUUGGAGAUCGGCGUGCCUGGCUCUGGUAGGGUCUCAGUGUUAGCCCAUACUUGCUUACGCUGUUUCCUCUCCUUGCUGUUUUUGGAUAUAACUUCAUCUCUGUGGAAAACACUCAGAUGCCACCCCAGAAUUGCAGGACCAAUUAAGUUUUCUCAUUGUCCACUGCUAGGCUUACAGCUUGUUUGGUUAUAAGGUGGGAACCCCUUCUCUCACUUCCAGAAAACAAAACAACAGGAGAGGACAUGAUCCUUGCUCCUAAGGGCUUAGCAAUGUGACAAGGGAGUACUGCCUCCAUUUUCACUUUGGAGGACUAAAUGGUAAUUUGUUCUUCUAUCCCUCGUUUUCCUUAUCCUGGGGUUCGGUCUAGAGCUGUGCUGUGCCGUAGUUCAGCCACUAACCACAUGUGUCUAGAGCACUUGAGAGGUGGCGAGUCUGAAUUGAGUUGUGCUACUUGAAAGUGUAGAGCAUGCUUUCGAAGACUUAGUAUGACAAAGAGAAUGUGAACUAUCUCAGUAAUAAUUUUCUGUUGAUUACAUGCCGGAAUAAUGCUUUGAAUAGAUUGUGUUAAAAUACAUUAAAAUAAACUAUCAUUUUUUUACUUUUUAAAAACAUGAAAUUUAAAAUUGCAUCUGUGGCUUGCAUUAUAUUUCUGUUGGACGGUGGUCUAGAGACUUGAUGAAAUUUAGGUUAAACAUUAUUUCGUAUUUCAUCGUACCAAGAGGUACAUAAUACAAGUUUGUCCCACUAUUAGUGAUACUAAAUUUGGUAUUUUGGAAAACUAUAUUUUAAAGAUACAUUUUGGUCACUUUCAGAACUUUCUAUUAUAAAGGUGUGUGUGUGUGUGUGUGUGUGUGUGUGUGUGUAUUUUUUUAAGGUAUGUGUUUUUUGAAAUCUCUUCCAGAAUUUUUGUUGUAAUGAUACUUAAAAAAAAACAACACUCAGAACUUCCCAUUUUAAAGAUAGAUUAUGAGUAUUUCUGGAACUCUCCAGAGUUAAGAUACAUUUUUUUCUUUUGCAGUGAGAAAUCUGUGGAGUGAUAUUUUGGCACCUUGGGAACAUCCUGUUUCCAUUCUUUUUAACCUAAUCGUUUUAGUGCCCCUUCAGGAUCCUUUCCUGAAUAAGCUAUGUUGGAUGCUAUUCAACGUGAUGAUUUUUAAAUGCUAUUAUUUCUUUUUCAUAUAAUUGUCAUUCUUCUGUAAAGAAGAACAUUCCUUUUUCUUCUUUCGCUUUUUCAUUUUAUUUUUAGGUGAAAGAGCUAUGUGGCCUACAGCUUAGUCGGUUCAUACAAUAGAUGUUUGAUUAAAAAAGUUAAGUACAAAUGAAAUUUUAAAAUCUGGAUUCAGCUCUCAUGGACAAUGGUUGUCCACUCCUUAAAGGAAUCUUAUUGUAAGUCUUUCUUUGCAAAGGUAGUAAUCAUCUGUUAAUUUUUGUUAUCCUUACAAACUUGAAUUUUCACAUAUAGCACAUUUGUUCAACAAAUUACUGAAUGCUUAUUCUGUUUUAGACACUGUGUUAAGCACUUAGAGUUGGAAUGGUAAGCAGAAGAAACAUGGCUGUCCUUUAUGUAGGACGCAUCCUUGUAGAUGAGGAGACAGACUUGCCCAGAACCCAGUGAGUGAAUGCAAUUAGGAAGGUGUAUCUGAAGAAUCUUGAUUUGGGAGAUAUUAAUAAAGGCUUUUUUUCCUCACCAACCUGCUCAAACGCUUUGAAAUUCAGAUCCCUCCACAGUCAUUCCCCGUGGGUCUGAUGUGAAGAACAUAUAGUAUAGUUGGCAAUUCCCUGCUGUUGCCUCUCUCAUGUAACCCUGAAUUACGACUGUAGACCUCUUCCCUCAAUUGCAAUUUUUUCUCAAGUUUUUUUCCUCUCUGGACAUUUUCAGCAUUGCUGGGGUCCACAGCUCCAAAAAGCAUGUCUUAGAGGCAGACUUCAGAGACUCCUAAUACCCUGAACACAGACAUGUCCAGUUAGAUGUGUAUGUGUCUUUAAAGAAAUAAGAUGUCUGUUAGUUACAGUGCUGUGACUUCAGGUUCCAGAAUAUCAAUGCAACAUUCUUUAGAAGAGAUGCUUCACUUUGGAUGGAAUCUAAGUUUAGAAUUAGUCAGCCUCUUGUCAAAGGGAGAAGGAGAGCCCUAGCAACAGGAAAACACCUCUCUAUGAAUUGGUUUGGAAAUUACUUCUCUAAAUUUCCUGAGGAUGUUUCCUUACUCAGCGUACACUCACCUCUGUUGCUUUCACUCAUCUCAUCUGAAGAUGAACAACAUUUUAUUUCCAAUGUGAGGAGCCAUGCACCAGCCCAGGCUGUGGUGAAGCAGCCUGUCCGGGGAGCCCCUUGCAGGACCACAGUCACAGCGAUUGUCCAGACUGGGGGAGACUGGAGCACCGGCCUCUUCAGUGUCUGCAGAGACAUGAGAAUCUGUUUCUGUGGUCUGUUUUGUCCAAUGUGCCUUGAGUGUGACAUCGCCAGGCAUCAUGGAGAGUGCCUUUGUUGGCCAUUGUUACCCGGGUCCACCUUUGCACUGAGAAUUGGCACCAGAGAGAGACAUAAAAUACGGGGCACGCUGUGUGAGGACUGGUUGGCGGUGCACUGCUGUUGGCCCUUUUCCAUCUGUCAGGUGGCCCGGGAACUCAAGAUGAGGGCCUCCCGACUCUACGAAAUCUAUGCAGCUCCUUCAACUAAGGAUAACCUUAUUUGACCGAGCAAGGAAACUCCUCCUCCUUACCCCCUCGCCCUCCUUUCAAACCCCUCUUAGAAGAGAGAUUGUUCUUAAGCUUUCAUGGAAAUAGUAUGAAAAUAAACAAUUUCUCCCCUACUGUCUUUACUGUUGUUCUUUCUUCGCACACACCUCCACUGAAGUCACUCUGGCAUUUGUCUGGAUCUGCAGUUCUGGCCUCGCCACAUAAGGCAGGUUCUCAAGGUGACCUUGUGCCUUCUACACCUGCCUGGUGUUGGAGAAGGUUGCAUUUUCCCCCAUCUUGGUACCACCAUCCUUCCCUGGGAA